AUGGCGUACAAUGACCCAAAAAGCAGGAGAACAUUGAGGCCAGCCAUGGCAAAUGAGUCAUUUCUCACGUCCAAGAUACUUCUAUCCCAAGAUUCUUCUGAACAACCUGAAGAUGAAGUGGAUUUACGAGACCAAAAGAGACGCACUUUCCUCAGCAGUGUGAGAAAAUCAAUCCUCCUAGCCACUGAUCAUGCAGCAUCCUACCUUGAUUAUCUCACCAUCAAGGUGAUCUUUUGGGACCUCUUAAUUGCAGUUGGAGAUCUGGUGUCUGAUUUGUACCAAGGUACCACAUUAUUGACCAACAAUGACACGAGGGUCUUUGGUGCGAUAGCAUUAUCAAUCAAUUGGAUACCUGGGAUCGUAGCUGUCAUUCAUUUCUUGUCGAUGUACCGGCUAAAGCUCACCUGGCCUCAAGUUCUAAUCUACGUGAUGCUAUUAAUUCUAUUUUACCCAAUCAUACCAAUUGUGGCGUACAUGAAUCUUCUUUGGAGGCGCCCAAAGGACGGCAUAAUCACAAAAGAUUUCCGAGAUGCGGAAUACUUGGCCAACCUGUCACACGCCUUGUCUGGCGGUCUAGAAUCCCCGAUUCAGUUGAUUUUUCAAUUAUGGUUGUUCUUAAACGGAGCCAUCAACGCGAGAUCGAUGACCAAUUUCUUCACGUUACAAGACUGGUACGGGAAUACCAUCUCUAUUCCAAUGGCCUUUUCCCUAUCCAUAAUUUUUACAUGUGCCAGCAUUCUCAAAGCCGUGGUCGAGCUCAACCUCAUUGGGAUCCACGUGAGUUGCAUCACAACUUGGAGCAAAGCGAAAGAACUGAUGUCCUUGGUCCUUGAUUUCCUUCCGUUCCUUUUCCUUGGAACGGGUUUUCGAAUAGCUGCCAUUCUUGUACUCUUGAGCUACUUGAACAUGUUUGCGUUCCUCCCAAUUGCUGUGGUGUGGCUGGUGACUGUCAUUGUGAACUUACGGGUGGUGUCUAAUAGGACCCAUGAGUUCCCGAUUUGGAUCAUAUCCUUCUUCUCCUUGUUCUUCCCCAAUUGUUUCACCAUCGAGUGUUCCAAUGGAAAACAACUGGACUGUAAGACUUUGCAACGACGCUGCUUCCAACUUCAGACAUAUCCGGCCAUGUUUAUUUAUGGCAUCGGUCUGGUUAUGGUUGCUUUAAUUGUAUAUCUCCCUUUCGAGCGUUUCAACUUUAUAUAUAGCCCUGACAUCAUAUUGGGGGUGAGCAAGUUUUCUGUGCUUUUGGUACAAACCCUAUGCGUCGGUCUUUUAAGUGUCCUUUUGGCUUCCAUGGGUUGUACCAUGGCAGAUAUUGGGCUGCAAUGUCGAAUCCAAUCUUCAUCAGUGGCAAAGGUGGUGAGUGUGUUAUUCAGUGUAAUCAUCAUUCUGUCCGGUAUUCUACCUUGGUUUCUUGUGAGUGACAACUACGAGAAUAGUGUCAUUUUCUUCAUGCCAUCUAGUAACCAUACAGUGAUAAUAGAAGCAUUGCCGUUAUCCAUGUCAGAGUCAAAGAAAUGGAGUGUAGAAGGAACUGUGGCCGUGAAUCUGAAUCCAUCUCCAAACAUGCCGCAGAAAGAUUCCAAGCAAUACGUUCCUCCAGCCGUGAUCGGCAAUAUAUCGGCAAUGGUUGUUAUUCUUGAUCGGUCAAUUUGGAUGGAGCACAGAAAUUCUAUAAUGAACUUCAAACCGAAUGGAGUUGUCAUCGUGGAUAAUCAACCUUACCGUCCGUCGUCUCCUUUGCCAAACCUCGUGGAAAACAUGACCGAUGCGGCUCAAUUGCCCAUUGUGUUACUCACUAGUAUGGACUCGCAUCUUCUCCAAAAUCUUUCCAGCAAUGUCUUCAUGUGGAUGUCAUCAUCACAUCCUAAAGAUGUCCUCGAUCCCUCAUUUAAAUGCGACAGCCAAGGUUGUCUUCCUUUUGUACUCAAUAUGGGACAUUUGGCCGGUCACCAAUUUCGGUCCAAAGAGUGUUAUUGGAUGGGACGAAGUUGUCUUCACUUUACUAACGAGCAAGAGGUGGAACCAUUCUGCAAUGGAUGGAACAUUGAAGCUUGUCCCUUGGGGGACCAAGAAUUCGGAGUGUUCCAAUCCGUUUCAAUUGGACAAACUUUCCGAACAUUUCGAUCGAGUCCAGCGAGUUGUGCAAUAUCACCCAACCUCGAAACCGACGUCAAAUUCUGCGAUGACACGUUCGAUUCCGGGUGGACGUACUGGCUUCAAUAUGAAACUGUGUUGGUAUCAAAUGACAUUCUCACCCGAAUCAGACGCAGAUACUGUCUGAUCCCGCUUCGAAAUUGUAUUCUAGAGGAGCGAGACGAAGACAUUUGUUGCCAGGCGAGGACCUGUUCAAAUCCUGAUCUCGAGAAUUGCAAUCUUAAGAAACUGCCUGGGAAUAGCCAACGCUCUUCCUAAAUUAGUUAGUUCUGUAUGGCGGUGGUGGGGACGAUGAUGAUGAUGAGGAUGAAAAUGACUAAGCUAUUCAAACCCGCUUGCCAUUGUACAAAACUCUUCCUUAACAGAAUACCUUUCACGAUCUGCUAGUUCUGAAUGAAUUUGCGAAAACAACUCCUCGGUAGCAUAUCUGUACAAUGUGUGUUCUGAACAAAGUGCAUUUGGAUGGUGUUCAGUUUUGAACAAUACGUCACCUACCAGCUACUACUACUACUACUUUUGUAUCGUUAUCCAACCUUCAGCCGUUACAUAAGCGAAAAAAAUGCCACUGGUGUUUCCAUGUGCCUGAAGACAUGGAAUUUGACGGAAUCAAGACAAAAUCGGAAAUAGAGAUGUGCUAAAGAUCCUUGAAGGUGCUCUGGGUUUGCUGAAGAAACAGACAAUGACUACAAAGGGCCAUAUCCUUAUUCUACAAUCUUCCUUUUUGUGGUAUUGUUCUCAUGGCUCCAUUGUCAACUAUAUUUGGACCAGUUCUAGUUGUGCAUCGAUUGGUGACAAAAAGACGUCAUCAUCAUCAUCAUUUCCCUCUAUUCUCUUGGAAGUUGGCGAUCCCUCGUUUACUCGCUAAAUCACCUAGUGCAAUAGACUGCAGAGUUAACUGGACUUGGACUGCCUUAAAAAGUGCAAAAUUGGCAAGUAGAUGUGCAAGUGGACAUGAAAGUGGUAUCAAGUAGUAGGGGUGUGUGCAAAUAUUUUGGUUUACCGUGUAAUUCGACGACGAGGUACGAUUGGUACAUGUAAACAUGAAAAUGAAUGUGAUCGGCUUAAUUCUAGCGUUUCACUCUUUCACGUCUGGAUAAGAAAAUCCCAGGUCCAUGGAAAAUCCAUGAAAUCGCUCUUUUUGGCGAACAUCCAUAACAUCCAAAUAAUGCUUGUGAAAAUUGAUUCAAUUUUCGUAGGACAUCAACUAGUUUUUUGUUUGAUUAGUUCAAUGUACGUACACUUAAAAGAGAGUUUUACUCUCAAUGGUCUCGAUCGAAUUUACGUCCAAACCGGAUGAAAAAAGUGACGAAAUAUCAUCAACCAAGCAGUACAGUCGUUUAAGUUUUCGCAACCUUGAAAAGGUAUUGAUUUUUUCGCAAUGACUAUCCCAUUCCAAUCUUCUUGUUUUACAAUAAAAUACAUUGCACCCUAAAUGAAAGGCACAUCAAUACGUAAAGGCGCUAAUUCGUGGUAGAGGCGUCAAAGAACAGAAGUAUGCAAUGAAAUUGUCCACCUCAAUUAUAAUCUAUCCUAGCUUGUUGAUUUAUCCACUCUGGUUAUAACUG